AUGGCAACGGAGUGGCCAGAAAUCAUCCUAACGGUAAUAUGUUCCUUAGGAUUCAUCAGUCUUUCAAAAACUUUCAUCCAUUUUGCGAGGUGGAUGUGGGUUAUGUUUUUUAGGCCACUCAAGAACCUCAAAACCUACAGUUCAGGGGCUAUUAUCACUGGUUCGACCGAUGGAACCGGUAAAGCCAUUUCCUUGGAAUUGGCUUCCAGUGGACCCAACAUCCUUCUUGUUGGUCAAAACCCUAAAAAGCUUGAAGCGACAUCGAAGGAGAUAAGAGACACACAUGGCAGUCAUGUAGAAGUGAAGCUUGUGGUGAUAGACUUUGAGAAAGUUAAUGGAGAAGAAAGAGUGAAGAAGAUGGAGGAAACAACAAAAGGCCUAGAUAUUGGCGUGUUGGUGAAUAACACAGACAUGGCAAACCCUUAUCCAAGGUACUCUCAUGAAGAAGACUUCGAGUUUCUGGAUGCCAUUAUCAAAGUGAAUGUGGAAGCAAUAACGUGGGUCACAAGGGGUGUGAUUAAGGGAAUGAUCAGAAAGAAAAAAGGAGCCAUCAUCAGCAUUGGUUUUGCUUCUUGUUUUGUGGUUCCUUCCUUUCCUCUCUAUACUCUCUAUGCUGCUACAAAAGCGUACAGCUUUUGGUAGCAACAAAGAUGACAAAAC